AUGGAGCGCAGAGCUCUGAGAGAGAGUGUAUUCCCUGAACUUAGAGAGCGAUGCAGACACACACUGGGAGUGGACAUCAGGGUGAUAGACCCGUAUGAAUCCAGUGAUCCCAGUCGUUGGCCAGAUGAAAACACCAGACAGCAGCUGAUAAAAGAAUGCAGAGAGAGCUCUGCUGGACCUUUUUUACUGGCUCUGAUCGGACAUCAGUAUGGCAAAGCCAGCCUGCCUGCCCAGGUGGAGGUGUCAGAGUACCAGCUGCUGUUGCAGGAGAGCCAGCAGGCGGGCAUCAGCACCCAGGAGCUGGAGAGAGUUUACAAAAGGGACGAGAACAGCAUCCCUGCGUCCUACUGCCUGACACCUCCACACAGACACACCUGCUGUCCUCAGCAGGCAGAUGUUAAAGAGGAAGAGGAGAACAAGAUGGAGGAUAAAGAAGAAGAGUUGAGGAAGGUGUUGCAGACCACUGUGACUCUGUGUGUCCACAGUGGUCUUCUGACUGCAGAGAAAGCUCACAGAUAUUAUAGAUCAGCCCUGGAUGCAGAUCUGCGAUUUGCUCUGGAGGGUCAUCCUCGUAGUGACAUCAUCAGACGCUGCGUGGUUUACAUUCACAAGGUUGUCAACGCCAAAGGCGAGCAAGCGAAGGGACAGAUGAGUUCAAAACUGCAGCCGCAGUCAGAGGCAGAGGCAGACCCUGGAAGUACAAAACCCUCUGAGGAAGAAUUACUAUCAGAGAUGUGUGAUAGCUUCCUUCGUGGCCUCAUCACCUCCUGCCGGCUUCUGGUCUACACCAUCACCACAGAGUGUGACCGUCGCCACGGUUACACCACAGCCAGGAGGCGGGGCUUCACUGAGUCUCUCUGCCAGCAGGUGUUUUCUGACAUGGUGCAGUUGAUUGGCAGCUCAAACGUCUCAGAGACCAGUGGAGACUCUCACCUGGGUGACGCUUUGGCUCGAGAGAAGGCCGAGCAGGAGGAACUUUGUACCAUCCUGUCAAGAUUUUAUGACGUCAUACGCCCAGAAGAGGAAGAGAUUAAAGCGUAUGUGGAGCAGAGCGACCAACAGCGCCCGCUAGUGGUCACGGGAGGACCGUGUGCAGGGAAGACAGUACUGCUGGCACACUGUGCUCAACAGAUUAAGUCUUGGCUACAAGACAACAACCCUGUGGUGAUCACUUAUUUGACCAACUUGUCAAUCAACCCUUCUCCAAAUCACCUGUUGUCCAGCCUUUAUUAUCAAAUCACCACUCACUACUUUUCCUCUACGUGGGGUACAAACUUCUACAUUGGCACCGACCCUGACGAUCCUAACUAUAUUAGUAACCAAAGAGACAAAAAUUCCAACUGCACUCCUACAGCUAACCUGGAUCCUCACCAUGAAUCCAGCACCGAGGUUUCUGACAAUAACCUAAACCUUAAUACUAUGCCCUGCCCAGACCUUGCAGACCCCAAACAUGUCGUCUUAAAACCUGAUGUUAGUCUAUCUGAGCUUAAAAAACAUCUCUCCCUCUCCCUCUCCCUCCUGCCUUCUGCUAAGCAGCCUUUAGUUCUGAUCCUUGAUGGCUUGGAUCAGAUCGGAAAUAACUUUGCAGCGCAAAUCAUUGACAGCCUACCCUCCCCCCUUCCUCCCGCAGUCAAACUCAUCCUGACAGUCUCCUCCAACCGAACUCCUGUCCUGCAGGCCAUCGAAGCACAUUACCCACAGUGCAGUCCACCUCCCUGUGUUUCAGAGGGCAGUGAGAAGAAGUCAGGAUAUGUGUGUGUCCGGCUGGGGUUGGCCGACAGGAAACAGUGUGUGAAGAUGUUGGAAUUGCUGCUGAGCAGUUCAGGGAGGAAGGUCACAUCAGGACAGCAGGCGCUGGUGAACCAGGCGCUUGCUUCCUGUUGUCUGACUCUCUAUGCUCGCCUCCUGCACAUGCACACAUCUCUCUGGCUCUCUGAUUCAGAGCUUACUGAGUCGUCUCUCCACGAUGGUGUCCAUUCAUCCAUUUCUGCACUGCUGGAUCACCUCAAGCAGAAACAUAGUCCUGGUCUCGUGGCUCGUGCCGUCUCUUACCUCACCCUCUCCAGGGCUGGACUCACAGAGGCCGAGCUCACCGAUCUCUUGUCCAGCAAUGACAACAUACUGGCUGAGCGUGUUCAGCGGGAUCAGAAGGUCACACAAGUAGACGUAGAGAAACUUCUUUUAGAUUUGAAGAACUUUCUCAUCCGGAGGACAGUUUCAGGGUCACAGGUUUUGUCCUGGGUGAGCAGGCAUUUUGGGCUAGUUGUGGCUAAGCGGUAUUUAGGCACUCAUGAGGCGAGGAGUGAAAUUCAUUCAGAGAUGGCGGAUUAUUUUAGUGGCCGAUGGGCCUGUGGAAGUGCUAAACCACUUCUUACUGCCCCAAUGAAAAUGUACACAGACAGGCAGCCAUCCAGCCAACCAUUUGUCUUCACUUCUUCCUCCAAAGAGGUUGGCCGAGUGAACUUGAGGAAGGUCGUAGAAUUGCCGCAUCAUUUGCAAGAAAGUGACAGGUGGGAAGAGUUGGAGCAUGGGCUGCUAAUGUCACUGGGGUUUCACCAGGUUAUGGUUCGAGCUGGACUCCUCGGGGAUCUAGUAGCCAUGUUGAAGAGGGAGAGGAGAUCAUCCACAUUCACCUUUUCAAGAGAAAGAGCACUCCUAGCGAGCAUACUGACGUCUUCGGCUUGCGUCUUGCAGAGCUCACCCCUGGAGCUGCUCACAGUGAUGGAGACGAGCCUCCUCCCUUGUCUGGAGGUGUUUCCUGCACUCAAAGGUUAUGUCAGAGAGAUCAGAGAGGAGAGGAGGAACAGAGGUAGCGGUUUAGGUGUGGCGCUUUCUCCUGCUCCCUCCACUGUCGCCUCCAUUCAGUGUUUGCAGUUUGAUGCUGGAGCCAGGGAGGUUUCUGUUACCGAAGUAGCUGCGACUGAGUGCGGGAUUGUCACAGAGAUCAUGGAUGAUUGUUCAGCAUGGAUAUGGAAAGGCUCUGGGUGUGAUGUAGCUAAACUAUCGCUAACAUGUGAGCAGGAGGAAGUGAAGUUUUCAGGGGUGAAAAGUAGCGGCCAUUUUAUGCUGCUUUCCACUCAAUGCAACAAGCUUUUCUUGUGGGAUGUGAUGGGCCCAGAAAUGUUCCUGGAGGUUAAGGACCCUUUAAAAACAGAAUUUGCUGAAUCAAGCAAACAAAAAAAAAUCAAGGGGUUUGUUGCAUGUCAGAAAAAGUUGUGUGUGUGGUGGAAAGGUGCGAGCUCUGUGAGUGUGUUUGAGGCCUCUGGUGAGACCGUGACUCAUUUCCAGUGUCAGAGCUGUGUGACCUGUGUAGUUUGCUCUGUUAAUGGCUCUUACAUGUACUGUGGGCAGGAGGAAGGCACCAUUUCUAUAUUUGACACAGACAGCGGCAGUUUCCUUGGCAUCUGUUCAAACUCAAACCACAGUUCUGUUGUAUCAAUAAUCCUGUGUGAAGAUAAGCAGGAAAUGGCAUGUCUUGACAGCACGGGGGAUGUAACCCUGUGGGAUGUGGCAGCCAAAACACAAUCGCCCAGACCAGUCAAAGAACGCUUUACUGGGGGUAAACCUAAUAUCGUGCUCAACACAGAUUACUCAGAUGAAAUCAACACUUUAUUGGUGUGUCAAUAUAACCAGGUUACAAUAUGGGAUACAUGUGACUGGGAGGUGUGGGACCAGUUCUUAGCUCCACAGGGUAGGGCCUUCAUUCAAGCUGUGCUCUCCCAGGAUGGCCACCUUUUUCUGGCUUUGCUAGACACCUGUCCCCUGGUUUUGGUGUGGAGGGUCAGCACAGGGGAGUGUGUUCUCUCCUUAGAGACAAACAAGCAACCUCUUACACUCCUCAAAAUAGCCUCAGAUGUCACAUGUGUCACCCAUGACGGCUGCCUCUUAGUGUGGGACUCUGAGAUGAUAUACACUGCGGGUGCAGCUCCAAAAAUGCAGCGUGGAGUGAAAGAAGUGGUGGUGGAACAAACAGGGCAGUGGUUCUACACCACUGAUGGGUCAGAGACAGUGUGGGGAUGGAGCUUAGAGACAGGCUUUCCACAUGCUAACUUCCAGCAUGAUGGUCCUGUGGAAAAGCUGCGGGUUUCUCCGGAUACCAUUCACCUUGUGACGCUCUCAGCGGGAGAAAUUUACGUUUGGGUGACAGAAACAGGGCAGAAUAUCCUGCGAAUCAGUGGCAGCAGAGCUACAGACAUCCUGAUCACGCCUAAUAGUAACUUUGGGGUGAGCAUCUCUGACAGAGGGCUGUCUCGGGUUUGGAAGCUGGCAAAUGGGGGCAUUGUGUGCAACAUUCACAUGCACCUAUCUGACGCACAGGUGUCGCCUGAGAGCACUUUCCUUAUUGGGUGUCGCCGUGGAGACCUGCUGGCUGCCAGUCUGUGGUCGGGCACGAUCAGCAAGCGUUUCUCCUGUGUGGAAAGCUCGGAGCACGUUGUUGCUUUUCACACGCUUUCAGAGCACCCAGACUUUGUGGUGGUUAUGGUGGCCUCAGGGGGAUUAUACACCUGGAAAGUAUCAGAGGAGACAAUGUGCAGGCACUUUGAGCUGCCUGAAACAUUUCAAUGUCAGCCACAGGUCUUCCAGAUGUCCUCCGAUGGGAGCUACGCACUGCUGUCCAUUGAUAAUGGAGCCAUCACCCUGCUGGACCUGUCUCAGGUCAGACUGUGCUCUUUUAAAGUAGAGGGUCCUAUAAUAAAAGCCUGCCUGGAUAAAAGUGGAUGCUUUGCUGCCUAUAUAUCCCAUCCUACCAGCCUGGAGAAAAGCUGUGUCUGUCACCUGCAUGCGAGGCCUGUCCUCACAGUGGUACGACUCUCAGACGGGGAAAGAAUAGGGAGCGUGUUUCUGUCUAAGAAUCCCUCGACUCUGGUUAUGUGUGAGCAACAGUGUGUGUUUGUGGGUUUUGAGGACGGGUCUGUGGGUGUGUAUUCUAUCUUAGAUGUAAUGAUCAGUGGGGAGGGGUUGGUCGGGUGCAGGGAUGAUUUGAAUGGUCAGGUGAGAGAAUGCAACUUUGACAAGGAACCAGUCAGAUGGUUACCUCUAGCCAUCCCAAAUAUGAUGUGGCCUUAGCUACUGUAUAUAAUACACUUUUGAACAAGGAGUGCAUACUGUAUGUAUAUAUUUACUUUAGUUUGAUACCACACAAAGGUGAAGCACAUGUCUCAGAGAUGUUUAAUUUGUAGAUAUAUAUACUGUAUAGACUGAUAUAAACAUACUGUAUGUGUCUAUAUGUCCAACAGAUCUGGGGGACACAUGAUGGUCUGUUUUUUAACCAGAAAACUCAUCUGUCUGAAAACUGCAUCAUCAUUUGUUUAAGUUUCAGCUUGCUGAGUCAUGAUGAUGAUGAUUCACCUGUGCAGAAAGUCAAACACAACAUUUAUCUGACUUUCAUUUCUGUGAAAACAAAACCAGUA